AUGGCCCCGCCGGGGUGCCUCCCCCGCUGCCGCCCUCGGGGGAGCGUCCACCGGCGGGGGCGCGCCCGCCGUCUGCCGCCACCACCGCGGCGUCCUUCUCGGGGCCCGGGGUUUCCCUCAGUAGCCCGGCGCUGCGCCCGAGAGGACCGCCGCGGCUCGGGCCGCCCCGCCGGCGCGGGGACGCGGCCCGGCCGCCGAGCGCGCCGCGCCCGCGCGCGCGCGCGGCCCGAAGCGCGGCCCGGAACGCCCGGAGGGCUCGGCCCUCGGCCGCGCGAGGGGCACCGCUCGGCCCGAGAGCGGGAGCUCCGCCGACGUGGCAAAGCCCCGCUCCCCGGUGCGGGAAGGGCCGGAGGAGCCGCCUCCUCCGAGCCCCGAAGGCGCCCCCGCCACCCGCUCCCUCGCCAUUUCCACAUCGGCCGCCGACGGGUGCCACGGCCGGACGGCCGGCCGUCGCUCGACGGGCGAAGCAGCGAGGGGAGGGACGGGCGCGCCUCCGGGAGGGGCCGUGCCGAGCACCCCUCCCUCCCGGCACCCGGGCGGCUUUCUCGCACGCUCCGAGGAGAGCCGGCCUCGGGAGAACUCGGGCCGCCGCCAGCGGGGCGCCCGCACGCGACACCCGGCGACCGGCGUUCGGCGGCGCCGGCCGCGGUGGGCGGGAGGCUCGGGGCCGGCCGCGGCCCCGCUCCCCGGCGGGGACGGACCGGCGGCAGACCGGCGCGAGGCGGGGGGAAGGAGGAGGAGGAGGAGGAGGAGGAGGAGGAAAGCCACCGCGACGGCGGCCCGGCACGCCGCGCUUCGAGGCCCGGCCGCGACGCGCGGUGUAGCGCGGGGUCAGCCCCGCCCGCGCGCACGGUGACGGGCGCGCGCGGCGCGCCUGGCCGCGCCGAGCGGCCCCCCCCCCCCGCUCGCUCUUCUCUCUCCCCCGAAAUCCCCCCCCCGCCCGGAGGGUUCCGCGCGCCUCUGUCACUCUCUCUGGGGCUGCGGCGCGCGGCCUCGACGGGAAGGGCGUGUGGCCUCCCCGGUGCCGACCGAGGCCGGCGGGCCGGGGGGCCGAGCGUUCGAACGGAGCGGGCGUGCGAGCGACGCCGCGCGCGCGGCCGGCCGGACGGCCCGGCAACGCGGCAGGCGCCGAGCCCCACCGACUUGGGUUUCCCGGGAGCUGCCCGGCGGGUCAUGGGAAUAACGCCGCCGGAUCGCCAGUCGGCAUCGUUUAUGGAUCAACCAGGUAGCCGCCACCCACGGCGGCGCCGCGGCGCGGCGCGCGAGCGCCCCGACGCGCCCGGCCCGCCGGCGCGCGCCCCGCCAACCCUGACCGCCCCGGCUCUUUCACCGCUCCGACCCGCGGGAGCGGCAUCGCGGACGCGACGGUGGCGGCAUGGCGGCGACGGGCGCCGGCGGCGGCAGCCGGCCGCCUCGCGGCCCGGCGGCGCCUGGGGCGGGGAACGGCGCCACGCACGAGGGACGCCCCUCGCGCCACGGCCGACCCCGGCGGCCGGCCCUUCCCGCGACGCCGCGGGCAAGGAGCCGGGACCGCUGCGCAGCUUCUCUUUCGCCACUCGGAUGCGAGCAGCGCGAGAGAAGCCCCGGAAGGAGAGCCGGCCGGCCGAGGGCCCUCUCCGACGCCACCCGAAAAGCCUCAUCGAUCGGGCGCGCAGCCGAGGAAGGAGCCGCGCCAACAGCGACAAGGGCCCCACGGCCACGGUCCUGGGACAACGGCGACGGCCGCCCAAGCCCCACCUGCGCGCCAACAGCGACAAGGGCCCCACGGCCACGGUCCUGGGACAACGGCGACGGCCGCCCAAGCCCCGCCUGCGGAGCGCUCGCGCCGGGCCCGCGUGGCAACCCAGCCCGCCCGGCAUAAGCGGCUCGGUCCGUGCGGCCACGACCGAGGUGGGCGAGGCGCCGCCGCCUCGCCCGGGACAAGUCCGGGGGGCUCCCUCCGUCGGGUGCCGGGUCCGUCAACUCCAAAAAACUCUGCCCGCCAACGCGGGUCCACGGCUUAAGGCCGAGGAAGGGGGAUGGUUUCAACAACGCGGGCCGGGGACGGGGCGCCCCGACCCCGGGCUCCGCAGCUUUACCGGGCGGGCCGACCGCCGCCGAGGCGGGCCGACCGCCGCCGAGGCGGACCGACAGCCCAAAAAAGUGCCCGCCGAGUGGGCCCCGGCUUAA